ACUGAAUUGUUGGCAGAAGAAAUACCCUCCGGAGAUGAAUAUGAGUACACCACCAGAAGCUGUCAGAGGCAGAUGGUCACCCGAGAAGAGAUUAAAAGUUCAUCAGAAAAGAACACCGUGGCCAGCCUAGCUGGACAGGCGCCUAACUUCUCCCAGCUUCUGUCUAACAAAACCGUCAUGGAAGGUUCUCCGGUAACUUUGGAAGUAGAAGUAACAGGAUUUCCAGAGCCUACACUGACAUGGUACAAGAAGGGCCAGAAACUGACUGCAGAUGAGCACUUAAAGCUUUUACAAAAGGAGACAAAGCAUAUUCUGUUCAUUCAGAAGGUGUGUGAUAAAGAUGCUGGCCUCUAUGUUGUUCGGGCUAAAAAUUUGAACGGCACUAUCUCAUCAAGUGCCAUUCUUCAUGUGAAAGUACAAGGGAAACAGCCAAACUUCAUACAAAAAUUUGGUCAUACAACUCUACAAGAAGGAGAAGAUUUAAUCUUGCAUUGCACUAUACAUGGAAAGCCCAAACCACAUGUCUGCUGGAUGAAGGAUGAUAUCCAAGUGGUAUCUGGAGACAUCAGUAUUGAGAAAUUAGGAGAUACCUAUUACCUUUUAAAAAGAAAUGUAGUCCUUGCUGAUACUGGGAAAUAUAUCUGUGUUGCCAGCAAUGAAAUUGGAAAGGCACACUGUUCUGCUUUCGUAACAGUGAUAGAGAAAAAUAAAACCCCAGAAAUUUCCACUAUAACUCAAGCUAAAUCAGAAUGGGAAGAUGGAUACUUUUCAGAAGAAGUGAACAUCACCACAACUGAGCUAGUUCUGAAGUUUAUAGUAUUUGCAGGGGAAGGGAAGUUGAUGAAGGUGUUGAAAAUGCAUUUUGAAUUCAAGUCAGGAUUUAAUGGUUUGACAGUUAAGAAUUUUGUAGUAAUUUCUAAGUUUAAAGAAAGAAGAGUGCCUGUAAAGAUGACGACAAAAGCACCAACAUUUACGCAGCCAUUACAAAGCGUUGUGGCACUGGAGGGUAGUGCCGCAACCUUUGAGGCUCAUAUUAGUG